AUGAAUUUCUUGUCUUUAUCCGAAAAACUUGCUGAUGAAAAAGCUGCCGUGAAAUUUUUCCAAAGUCAUGGAAUAAUUUCUGAAGAAAAGGAAUGCAGUAAGAAGCAUCAAAUGAAACUGCAGUUUGGAAAGCAGAUCCGUUGGAGAUGCUACAUUAAGGAAUGUAGAGAAGAAUGUGGGAUUCGAAUUGGAACCUGGUUUCAAGAUACCAGGCUCUCCUUCCGCACAGCAGCCUUUUUUAUUUAUAACUGGGGGGAAGAAAGGACUUCUGUGGAUUUCUGCAAGAAGGAACUUCAAAUGGGCUACUGCACGACUGUGGACUGGAACAACUACCUCCGAGAGGUAUGCUUGUUUAUGAAAGGGAAGGACCAGAAUCCUAUUGGAGGGAAGGGAAAAACAGUGGAAGUGGACGAAACUUUGUUCGUCAGGCGGAAGAACCACUGUGGCCGCAUGCUUCAGCAACAGUGGUGCUUUGGAGGCAUUUGCAGAGAGACGAAGCACUGCUUCGUGGAGGCCGUUCCGGAUAGAAGCUCGGCAACGCUUCUGGAGGUGCUGAAAAGAAGGGUGGCUCCAGAAACCCUUAUAAUCUCCGAUAUGUGGAAGGGGUAUUCCCAAGUAGGAGAUUCUGGGUUUGAACAUUUGCAAGUGAACCACAAAUAUCAUUUUGUGGAUCCACUUACAAAUGCUCACACCCAGAGCAUCGAACGGGUCUGGAGGUCGGUGAAAGAAAGAAACCGACGCCACAACGGAACCCACCGUAGCAUGCUAAAUGGGUACAUGUAUGAAUUUACAUGGAGAAAACGAAAUAAAGGGAAAGAAUUCGAUGCAAUAUUGAGAGAUAUUGCAUCGUUUAAUUCUUUUUUAAACGAAUAA